AUGGCUGUGAUCGGUUUCGUCGCCUUUCUAUGGUUCGCUGACUACGAUAACACGCUCUGGCAUCGGAUCAUGGUCAAGGGCUGGUCGACCAGAUCCGUUUCCAUCUCAACUUUCGUGCUUCGAAUUGCAGUGGAUCUGCAAGCUGGGAUUGCUGGUGCCAUGCUCGCUGCGCUUGUUCUGGAGUCGUGCUCCGUACGGCUUCGGGAUGUGGUGAAGGUGUCGACAAUGAGGGCUGGCAAUCCGCAGCCUAGGACGUUUCUUGACCUGGUCCCUGCCAUGGGCAUGCCAGAGCUGAAGGGCACGGGCUUGAGAUCGAUGAGUGAGUACCGUCAGGCAGCUAAGUCUCGAAAGUCAACUAAGUUCAGCUCCACCGCAUUACUGUCAGACCUCCGCCUUGGCCAACUUCCCGGACUCCAGUCGAACAAAACUUCUGCAUAUGACUUCUUGUACGAUACCCACGGCCAACCAUUCAACGUCUCCCACGGCUACUAUGAAUAUACCGGAGGCGUCUCGUACCCGAUCCGCUGGAGAGCGUCAACCUGGACUAGAAAUCCACCGGCCUUUCCCGCCUUCGCUGAGUACUCCGAGCCUGCUGAAGUUCCAGCAGGCGUUGACGACACGGGAGUGCUACUGCGAGCCUUCCUUCCGCUCGCCGAUGCCGAGUCUCGCGAGGCGAUACGCAAUUAUACCGGUACUGCUAUGGUGCUUGACUCUCGUGUUUCGUGCCAAAGCCCUCACUUCCUGGACGUUUCAGUCUACACGCCGUAUGCUGAUCUGACUUCGGGCAUCCUAACGGGAAAUAUGCGUGGCAUUCUUGAGCCAUCCACAGAAGAAGUGCCUCGCCUGUGGACACCGGGUCCCAUCCCGUUCGAUUGCAGCCCAUUCGUGAACGCCGCUUCGGUGACUAUAUGCCAAAUCGGCUACCCAUCAGCCAGCUCACUGUUCUGGCAGAGCAGCGGUAGCCUCUCGAGCGAGUUCUCAAACUUGACGCAUGAUGAGACAAGGCACGCCGUCCGACAUGGCCUCUCCUUGUUCUCCCUCCCGAUGCUCGUGAUCCGCUCGCAUAGCUCUCCCAUCAGAACAGGCGACAGGCUGAACCAGCAGGUCACCAGUCUCGAGAGCGAAGGCGCCUGGACCAAAGUAUCCACGCCUUCGCUCGGUUGGUCUGUCUCGCUGUGCUACUCUGCAUGGGAUACAGCAGACCUCGAAGUCAACAUGUACAGCGCUGAGAAGCGCUCUGAGCCGAUCCUCCACUGGACUUCAGACGGCUACUAUACCGUACCCGACGUCCACCAUCAACUUGGCGAGACAGACCCCUUUGCCUCAAAGGACGCACGUGGUAUCCUACAACUCGCUCGGCCAAAGCCAAGGAUCCCCAACACGAAGGAUGCCAUUCCAAACUCCAUCAAACCUUUCGUAAAGGACUUUGCCGACCUCGGCGAUGAAGGUAACCUGCAAAGAGAAUCGCCGUUAGCCUGCUCUCCAUGCAGUGCCCUGCUGUUACCUCCCGACACGCCAGCGCUGCAGCUGGGAUACAACCGCAGCACCGUCUUUGCUGUCGACUACACCCUCUCCUCCUUUUUCCAUCAAGCCCUAGGCGUGAAUGGGACAGGAUCUGUAGCGAGGGCCAUGUCCUCGCUCAUCACGACAUUGUCGAGCAUGGCGUACUACGAUCAGAUGCCGCAAUUUGAAAAGUCUGCUCUGUCAACGCAGGUUUACUUCACGACUGUACUAUUCCCGCAGUCACGUCUGGGCUUCUGGGCGGUAGCAAUGGUAUUAGCUCUCCAUAUGGGCCUUGUCAGCUGGAUUGCGUUGAGCUUCGCGAUUUUCUGUCGGAAUACGCUUCUUGGGAACUAUUGGCAUAGUGUUGCACAACUCCUGGGGCCAGAAACGAAGGACCUGUUCUCGAAGACACGGGCGGCGACUGAUAAAGAUGUGAAGCUUGCGUUGACAAAUGUGGGGCAAGAGGAUGUAACGGUCGGCCUUCGCAGACCAGAGGGUGAGAGCACUGCGAAAUUGAGGAUCAUGCGGUGGCAGAAAGAUGGCUCUUCGCCAGAUUCAUAG